ACUUGUCUACCUGCUUCUUUCUCAGGUUUCUGAGAGUUCUGAUCAGACGAAAAGACUUCGGAGUCGUAAGGUUUGAGAAAGAUGGUUAUCUGCGGCAAGACCCAGUAGUAUGAUUUUGAUUCAUGGUUACUACUAACAUUUCGCAAAUAUUCUUUGCUUCGGACUCGUCUAUGCCCUUUGCAUUACGCAGGACAAAUUGAACAUGGCAGUCUCCAGUGGUGGAAGUGGUGAUUUAGACUGGAGAAAAACAAUAAUUUUGCGCCUACAAAACAGGAACAAAUCACAAUGCAGCUGUUUUCAGGACCUCAUAUCGUUUCACAAUAGGUUAUUUGAUAGCUUUAAUGCCUUACGAGGGGAAAAUCUUCAGUUGACGGUGCAAAAUGAGAAGGUGCGACAAGAGAACUUUGAACUCCAGAAUCGAAGUGGAUCUGGUGAUGGGAAACCCAAUGAGAAGAUUCAGGCACUGGAACAGAAAUUGCUUCAUCAACAGGAGGAGCUGACAGAAUUGCAUCGGCGUAAGGGAGAGAAUGCUCAACAGCUGAUCGAUUUAAACCAUAAAUUACAGGAAAAAGAAAAACAGUUGCGGGCUCAUGAAGUGAGCUUGGCAGACAGCGUGGCUGUAAAUAGUACAUUAAGAGCAGAAAUACAGAUGUACCAGAAUAACGCAAAAGAACUUGAAAAUAUGAAUCAGAUGUUGAAAGAUGAACAUCAAGCCUUACAUUUAGCAUUUGUGUCUUUAGAAGAGAAGCUGAGAAAAGCUCAGGAUGAAAACCGCAGUUUGGUGGAACGACUCAUACGAUAUAAAUCUAAAGAUGCUGAUAAGAUGAAUGAAGAAAACGAAAAUUUUGUACGGAAAAAGCAGGCAAAAUUACAGAAAGAACUGGAAGAAGCUGCAAAGGAUACUCGAGCUAUAUCACCUGAUAGAUUAAAAGAUGUUGGGGCUGGUGGUGCAUUUUUUGCAGCUUCUGUACCUUCUAGAGUUUUGGUUAAAUUUGAUGCUCAUGAUGGAGAUGUAAAUGCUGUGAAAUGGAGUCCUGUGGAUCGCAUUUUGGCCACUGGAGGGGCAGAUAGGAGAGUGAAACUUUGGGACUUAUCAAAAGGUGGACAGUAUGAAAGCAAAGGUAUGCUUGUUGGAAGUAAUGCUGGAGUUAUGUCGGUGGAUUUUGACUCGACAGGGACUCUCAUCCUUGGAGCAUCAAGUGAUUUUGCCAGCCGGGUAUGGACUUUGGCAGACCAGCGGUUAAGGCACACCCUCACUGGCCACUCCGGAAAGGUAAUGGCUGCUAAGUUCCUGGGAGAACCGUCCAAAGUCGUCUCCGGCAGCCACGACCGUACGCUUAAAAUUUGGGACCUGAGAAGUAAAGCAUGUAUCGAGACAAAAUUUGCUGGAUCUAGUUGUAACGAUCUGGUAACAACAGACAGCUCGGGUACAACCAUCAUCAGCGGUCACUUCGACAAGAGGAUUCGCUUUUGGGACACCCGUUCGGAUACUACCUCCCGGGACAUCCUGCUGCAGGGCAAGGUCACGUCGCUUGACCUAUCGCGGGAUGCCAACUUCCUACUAGGCUGUGUUAGAGACGAUACGAUUAAGGUUCUUGAUCUUCGGAUGAACCAGAUCAUUUGCUCCUUUAGUGCCGAGGGUUUCAAAGUAGGCUGUGACUGGUCACGUGCAGCCUUUAGCCCUGAUGGCCAGUACAUCUCUGUAGGUUCAGCAGAUGGUUCCGUGUAUAUAUGGAAUGUAAGCACUAACAAACUGGAGUCCGUGUUGAAGGAACACUUAUCUGCUGUGACGGCCGUAGCAUGGCAUCCCUACAGCUCGUUCCUGGCCGGUGUGGACAAAGCUAAGAAGGCCGUCGUCUGGGGAGAUGUCUGACCACGGCCACAGGAGCUGGAGUCGCUUGCGUGAGCGGCAGUCUGCAACUUCUCGUGCGACUGCUGUGAUCACAGUCUUCAGGGUUAUGUGAGGACGGUACUGCAAAAACCUGCACGCAUAGUGAGCGAUGGAAUAUUUAUACUGUACAGACCAUAAGAAUGUUCCAGGAUCUCCAGGCAUUAGCCACAUCCUCUGUAAUAAUAUUUCGGGAAGGCCGUCAGACAUUUCUUUCAAAUUUAUGUCUUAUUAAUACCCCAAAUCCUCCUCCAUUUCUAUUUACCAAUAAUGUGUCUAUGGUGCGUUUCUCAUAAAUUGAGUUAUCUCAUAUCUAAUUAUCUUCGAAAAUUAACAUAAAGAAUGUGAUGUAAUUAUUUACCGUUUUCUAUAACAAAUUUCCGAUUUAAUCUUUAUGCUACAAAAUAUUCCAGUUCAUAGAUUCAUGCAUAAUCACACUGAAAUACUUAAGUUAAUAUUUUGUUAGCUGAGUUUUAUUUUUGACGCGUAUACAUUCCUGUUCUUGAGGUCAGUCUUAAUGCAAUAAAGCUGUUAUGUCUACAUUACAGCAAAUAUAAAAAGACUGAUUUAUACAUGUGAAGUAAGAGAAAUGGCAAAUGUUCUUCAUCGAGAAAUCAUGUUAACUUUAUUUUGGUUUCAUUUCAGUGGAACUGAGUUGUAGAUGAGUGUUUAUGAAGGAACAACAGAAAUAUUCAUUUUCUAAUGACAUUCAAGCAUUUGUCUAUUGUUUGUAUAGACACUAAAUAAAGAUUAAUAUAUCAUCGGUCUCCGAGCCAGAAAAUAUAAGAUUUUAGUUCGUGAAUCCGUAUUCUUAGGAGCAAUUUAUAUCUUUCCACGGAAUAUUGCCAAACACAUACAGUGAUAUCAGUACAAAUAAUAUCGCGACAGAAACAUUAACUUUUUGUUCAGGUACUUCUAGAACUCUUGCAUUCUGAGGAGAUCAAAGAGGAAAUGUGAUUCUCCACGGGCUCCGCUUCCAAUCACAACUUUCAGUACCGAUAAAAUACAAAAUAUAGGUUUCAAGAAGCUCUUCUAAAUUAGCUAGUUUCGCGAAAAUGUCUAUAGUCUAUGACAGAGAGGCUAUUACAUCAUAUUGGCAGCUACAUCUACCGGCAGAUUUAGUGCUACCCGCAAGCGGUGAUAGUAGCAAUCCAUCGGUUAAUGUCACUCAGCAUCAUUGUGAUUUUGUCGUGUAGAGAGACAAUAGACAUUUCCCACGAACAUAAUUAUAUGUUUUCUGAAACGACAGUAUUUAACAUUUUGCACUUAUUGAAAUUUAAGAACAUAAUGAAGUGUAAUGAGUUCAGAAAAUUGCUUACAUUUAGACAGACGUAUGGUUUUCAUCCUAAAAUUAGUAAACAUAUACUUUUCAGCAUAAGGUUGUGUUUCUGGUGCCACCGUAUUCAUAAAAAUGCUUCAAUAUAAUUACGGGUUCACUGCUGUAAUUAGUGGUUGCUUCUACGUUGUUACUAAGAUACGUUCUCCUUCUCUUCACCCUCUCUGGGGCCCACCCAAGCUCCUAUCCAAUGGGUACCGGCUGCUCUUUACCCCU